GACAAGCGGAACUACGGAGUACUUUUUUAAAACACCGAAUGUAAACCGUCGCCAGUCAUGGAUAAAAACACUAACAGCAGCGGCCAGUAGCGUUUGCCAGAUGACGUGCCCGCAGUGUUGUACGAAGGCCAAACGUAAUAUCACCGACCAUGAUGACAGCCAAUCAGUUACGAGCGAGGUUUCCUUGGUCCAAUCAGAAGAGGACACUGAUGACGUGUUUUAUGUGGGAAUGACCAAUCCCAGUGAAGGUAGUGAAGGUACAACAUUCGCAAACAAUACACUCGCCCAGGAAAGUGUUAAUGAGCUCUAUUGUGCAUCCGAUCAGCAGUCAAUUGAUUCUGGUGAACUAGAAAGCGUUGAAUCACAAUGUUACCGCAGUGGUUACCUGAAGACAAAUGCAAUCGAUGAAAACUGGGGUCAAUUCUGGGCUACCAUCACAGGAAAACAGCUGAUACUUCACGCGUGUGAAGACAACCCAAACGCGCUCAAAGUCAUCGAGUUGACACGAAAUGUUCAAUGCAAAACGGCUAAAAGAAGCUCCUACGAUUUCCGAUUUACUUUAGUUGCCAGCCCGGUUGAGUUCUAUGAAUUCAAAUGUAUCUCUGCAAAUGACAGACGAGGGUGGAUGACGACGUUGGAGAAAGUUGCUGGAGGGCUGGGGAAGACAAACUCUGGCUCGAGGAUUUCCGAGAUUGUUACAAAAAUAAGAGAAAAUGAGAGUCGAUUGCAGGAGGUACAGCGGCAGCAGCAGGAAGAAGCGAUGAAACGACAACAAGAGGAGAAUCUCGAUGGCGGGCAAGAUAUCUAUGAUGAUAUUGUACAAGAACAGCAACAAUCACAGCCGAACAUAGAUGAGAUUCAAGGUUUCUAUGAAGCAUUACCCGCUGAGGAGGGUCCACGCAAACAUAUAUUGCCCCCAACAUUUGUUUUACCACCGCCAAAACCUCCGAAAAAAACGGAGAAACCAACAGUAAGUAUUGUGGUUGGACAAGAUAUUUACGACGAUACAACACAAGGCUUGUCUGUACCACCACAGCAACCACCUCCAGCAACACCUCCACGAAAACAACAAAGCUUGCUUCAGGAGCUGCCUCCCCCUCCACAACAAUUGCCACCUCUCACACCUCCUCAAUUGCGACGAAAACAGCAAGAACAACAACGGGUGAGUGCGGAGGGAAGUAAAGAAAUGCACGAUGGCUUUGUGGCAAAUGCUAACACAGUACAGCCGCUUCCAACAGCUUCGCAACUAAGUGAACAACAGCAACGUCAAAUAACCAGCGCUGAUGUAGGGGGAGAAGAACUUUACGAAUUAAUUCCUGGUGAAAACAGUCAACAAGAAGGCACUGAAAAUGAAGAACUUUAUGAAGUUUUGCCCGGGGAAGCAACUGAACAACAAAGCCGUGAAGAACAACAGCAAACAACGGAGAAACAAGUGAAUAAACCUGCAGACAAGAAAGGUAAAAAUAUCUUUUCAGUUCUACACAAAAAGCAAAAGGAGAAGAAGAAAAAGGAGCCAAAAGACAAGCGAAAGUCUGAACAGACACAGAAUAAACAAGACAAGGAAAAUCAAACACAACAGCAACAACAACGCCAUCAAGAAGCGGAAACGCUACCAGAAUCGCUUGAAAUGAAUGUAGAUGCUUCCAAUAUGAUGGAUGUGGAGAAUGUCACCAAGGAAAUGUCGGAAGAUGCUUUGAACGAGACGAAUGAAACAACUUGGAACUUUGAAGAACAUGUCCAGGUUCUGCAAGAAGCCGCUCAGCCUCUGCAAGUAAGCGCGGAGAAAGAUGUGGAAAUAACAGAAGAUGAGAAAUGUGCUGCAGAUGAUGAGAUUACAAAGGAGAAUCGUGCUGAAGAUGAGACAGUUGUUGCUGGUAUCACGCAAGAUGUAGAAAGAUUCCUAACUCAGGUUCUUGGGAAGGUCAACAACCUUCCUGGUGAUGUGAACAAAGAACGACUUGAGCUGACUGAAAAAUUGCAAAAAUUCCUAAAAUUACCUGACAAAGAUGCAAGCAAGAGGAAGCCUCCUCCCCCAUUGCCAAGCAAGCCUAGUCCAGCUGAUGAUAACCAGGUUGAUGAGGGAGAAUAUGGUGACGUCGCCGCUCAUGAUGUUGGCGGUGAAGAAAUGUAUGAUGAUGUUGUUAAAGGUGAUGUUGGUGGUGAAGAAAUGUAUGACGAUGUUGCCCAAAUUGUAUCUGCAGAGCCUCCAGAAGAUAUCGAAGAAGAAUAUGACGAUGUCGCUGCGCUGAAUAAAACAGAACCAAAUGAUGAACCAGAAGAAUUUUAUGAUGACAUUGAUCCAGGAAUCAAUACAGGCAUUGCAAAUAGAUCAUCAUCAAAAAAGUCAAACAACUCAGAAAUAUUAGAUGCUACUGGUGUAACAGAACCAAGACGUGCAUCGGACAUAACAGACAAGAUAUACGAAGGAGAUCUUGAGAAAUACAAAUCAAAAGGUUUAUUUAAGAAGUUUCAACGUCGUUAUUGCGUGCUAACACCACUUGCGCUCUACUAUUAUGAGAACAAGAAAGAUCAGAAACAAAAAGGCCAAAUCAUUUUACCAUCCAGUGAAUCAACUCUGCGUAAAGGUUGCCACAACUUUCCUGAAGUAAAGGAUAAAAAAUUGUGCUUUGAACUACUCAACGAAAGUCGAUGCUACCUGUUCAAGGUGACGAAGGAGUCAGAGCUGGAUAUCUGGAUUACACACAUCAGAGCCGCCUUAUCAACUGAUCUCUCUGAUGAGCAAUGCAGGAUCAUGAGACAGAAUAGUGUUAAGAUGAGUGUCCAUGACGACGAUGACGUAGAAGAGGGCGAAGACUUGUAUGAAUGUAUCGACACGAUGCAACAGAAUAAAUCCUCUGCUGAUCCAGAAGAGACAUCAGGAUCCUCGGGCAACGCGCCAAUCCUACCAGCCCGUGUACCAGCAGCAGCAGGAAAAGCAGCAACACCAGCGCAAGACGAUGAAGAAGAAGAAUUUGAGAAAGUUGAUGAUGAAAUGGAAGACUAUGAAACUGACUCAAGUGCUCCAACACCUGGAGGAAAAUCAAAAGAUGAAGAGAAACCACCGCCAGUCGUCAAUCGUGCAAAGCCAUCAUCAUCCCCUACAUUACCCCCGCGACCAACGUCGUCCCAAGAUGUCCCCCACCUGCCCCCUCGUGCCACUCCCGGAGCAAAGAAAGGACCACCAACGUUACCAACGAGAACCACGCCAACACUGACGAAAAAAUCCCAACCCAGUCCCUCUGAGAGCGAGCCGGAGCCUGAACCUGAGCCUAAGACGGAACCAGCGCCGAAACCUGAAGUCUUACCACCAGUCAAGACAAAACCUUUGAAACCUGGCGAACAAUUUGAUUAUAAUAAGGUUUAUGUCGCGAUGUGGAACUGUGCUGCCGAUGAUGACGACGACUUGGCAUUUUCCCGCGGAAAUUAUCUCUACAUCCGAGAGAAGAUACCGAACAGUGAUUGGUGGGUUGCCUCCCUAAUGGAUAUCCCGGAUAUUCGCGUUGGUCUCGUACCCAGGAAUUAUAUCAUGCCCGCAUACGAGAUGUGAUUGGAAUUCUGAAAAGCUGGAAAUUUCAGAUUACACUAAGUUUUCUGCAUGGUAGGUGUUCGAUUAGCCAUAAUGGUUUGUUUCCACUCGAAAGAAUGAUCCUCAGGGCCAGAUUAAAACCAUGGGUUCUCAUCGAGAACUGACAGAUACAACGAGUUCUAUUCAACCUCAAGCCACGCUGUGUCUAGGGCCUGGGUUCGAGGCCGUCUGAGGUUGCCCUGAAGUACUACUUUAUUUUGUGGUCCUGUGGUUAUUUCUCCUGAGUGAAAAACAAGCCUUUAGAAAUGUUUAGUUUUUGGGGCAAGAAAAUGAAACAUUCAUAACAAAUUAUGGGUAUUUUACACUCAUCAUUAUUAGGUCAGUAUAUAUCCGUAAAGACUCACCAUUAUCCCUUGAAAAAAACUCCUUUAAAAACUGCUUAUCAUAGUUGUACAUACGUCCAGAGUCACGGCUAGUCUCAAUAAUUUGAAAUGAAUAUUAAUAGUUCAUUUCUUCGAUCUAGUUUUUAAAGAAAGAUUCAGUUUUAAGACCUUAAGGUAGGAAGAGGAAAAUAAUUGUAAAAUCUUAAUAGAAUAGCGUUGUAGAUUUUUCUUAAAUGUAAAUUAAUCAUAGACAACGCAGCACGCUGAAUUAUUAAAAACAAGCAAAUGAAAUCGUGUAUUUAAUUAUCAGCAUGAACGAGCAUUUUUAAAGGUUUUAAGAUUCUUUAUCGGCGUAAGUGAGACGGAUGUUUUGUAGAAAAUAUGGUAAUAUAGUUUCCAUAACAACGCUUAUUUCGCAGGUGACAGGACGCUGAACAUUUAUGGAAAUAGCGUUGUGUCAAAGUAUCGAGAUACGAUCUCGUCUAAUUUUGUGACAGUAUUUUUCUACAGGAAGGAAUAAUCGUCAUUUAUAAUUUGUUUAUCUUCCGCCCUCCCGUCGUGUGAGUUUUUAAAUACAUUGUCAAACAGAGCUUACGUUAUUGCGGGAAUGCCUCAAAAGUGCUAUUGAUUAUCUCGUUCUGUUUGCUUAUAUUCGCUUGCUGGGUAUAACCCUUUCGAUUUCCAUUCAUUGUCAAUUGUUUGUGAAGUCAUUCGCAGGCUUCAGGGUAGAAGAUCUCCAACGCAGGGAUGAGGAAUUCUGAAAGGCUGCAACACGAAGUGGACUCAAUCCUUGCAGAAGUUGAAACCUUUCUACAUGAUCUAUCAAGCACUGAGCUUCCCCAAAGCUACAGUGCGCGGAGACAAAAACUCGAGUCGAAAGUAAAACUGCUUCGCGCAAAAUGUCAUCUUAAUCUACAAAGAAUGCCUCUCGCUUCGCUACGAUUUAUCCACGAUCCUUUUCCGAAAGAUCUCGAAGUAAAACGACCACGUUCGUUGACGUCACCUGAUACCAUGGCAUCGUAUCUUGCGGAUGUUCCUGAGGAAGAGGAGUCGUGUUCCCCGGUAGCAGGGAGCCAACCGGCGAAACUAGACACGGACAUAGUCGUGUGUGACGAGAAUAUCAUUCAAGGAAUGAGACCUCGUUCUGCGACUUUCCCUUUUUCAAUUUAACGUAGUUUGGGGAUAGGUAUUAGUGAGUUCUUACACUCUGGUUGACAAGGUUCUGGUUGAUGAAACUAAGCAACAUUCAAGAAUGGCUGUGGUGUCGUCUAUCACGAACAACCCUGUCAACUAUGUUGUUACAACUUGUUCAAACAUAUAAAUGCUUGUUUUUCAUCGGACCAGAAACAACAACAACUUGAAAACUUCACUUCUGAAACUUUAGUCGUGUUAUUAACAAAAACACAAAAGAAAAACAUCAGUUUUCAUCUCUAUCUUCAAAUCUCAUCAACUGACAAUUUUUUCAUCGUAUUUGAAAACCAUGCAUAGCGCAGGUGAAUCAGGGGAAUAUAAAAGUUAUUGGUUUUAUUUUUUAUUAAAUAGGAAAGACGUUUUGUGAACGUUAAUGACAUUUCUUUGAGAAGGU